GAUGGCGUAUUCACUUGUCAAAUGUCCAGUUUCUCGUCAACUGGACAUUUUUUAGUUUUUGUUCAGCACCCAAAAUUUGAAACAUAUUUUAAUAACAUAAUUUUCCACUAUUUAAAAUUGUUUACCAUUAGCCCCUGGAAAUAUUUUCAACUUUUAAACGUUUGUGAUAAAUCUUAAAUCGCGAUAAUAUGUGGAUUAUGAUCUAAGGUGGUAAUCAAAUACCACAAAAUAUUUUGAGAUAACAUUAUAGCUGAUAAGUGAUAAGAUCAAAAUUUCAAAUUUUCAAACACUUAAAAUUAUAAACGGUUGUUGGUGAAAAAUCUAAAGGUGUCAGCCAUUCUUUUUCUUUUAAGUUAUAAUUUCAAUAUUAUAUUUUUAGUUACUAGAUAUUUAAAAUACAUAAUAAACAUAUUAUAAUGUUGUUAUACUUACAUUAAUUAUUAUCUGUACUUUUCAAUAAGAAUAAUCAAUGUGUUAUAAGCUUUAGAUUUUCACCUUCUUCCGAAAUACAUUAAAUACACAACUUUUUUAUUGAUGGAAUUUGAUCAAGUUGUGGUUUUACGUCAUCUCAAAGAAUUAGGGUAUGAAAAUGUCGAGUCUCAUUUGCUUCAAAAAUUCAUGAAAGAUUUAAAAAAACUUAUCAAAUAUGAAAAACAAAAAACUCGAAUUGAAGAAAAAGAAAAUUUUAAUACUGAUCUAAAGAAAAGAAGGGAUUUAUCAGAAGAAAAACAAGAUAUUCCAUCAAAUAAUUUUUGUAAAAAUGCAUGCUGUAAUAAAAAGAAUAAUGAUGUUUUUGAAAGGUUGUCACAGCCAAGUUCAAAAACAAAAAUAUGCUCUAAAGCUGUUUCAACAAUAGCUGUUCAAACAGAUUUACCAAGUAUAAAAACUGGAGAGAAUAAAUAUUCACAGAUUUUAAAAAGGAAACAAAUGGAUCCAGUAUCAUUACAUCAGUAUUACCAAACAGAAUGGAAAAAUCAUAAAGUACCCGGUGAAAAAAGUCAUAAUGACCUACGAUGGCAAAUAAGACAGACUAUGAUACGUAAAUAGGUUAAUUUCAUAGUUUUUUUUCACUUAAUAUUAAGACAUUUUUAAAUAUUUGACCUAAGUUUUUAUUAAGAUAAACAUG